AUGCUGCGUGCCGCGCCGGUCCGUGAGAGCAGCGGUGCCAAACUGCUCUUAGGAACCAAAACCUGUCGGAAAGGCAGAGCGGGGGGUGAGCGGGUAGGUGCUUCAGGCUUAGCGCUGGUGACGGAAGGCCGGACAGUUCCAUCUGGAACUGCUACUAUGACGUUAACCGGCUUCGAGAGCUUCUCUUGCGACCCGGGAGAAGCAGACCCUCAGACCCCGGUGAAACACUGGGCAGCCGCGCCUUGGGAGAGCAGAGAAGCCCCUGGGCGGACGGAGACCACGGUCCCGGGACGGACACAGACCCCGACGCCGUCCCCGACCCCGGAGCUGACAAACUCGGACCCCUUUGCUUCCAGUUUUAUACGAACAAUGACUUUAAAGAGAAUAUCUUCAAUAUUUAAAAACCUGUCACAACCUGAGGAAGAUGCAGAGAAAGUACCGACAGGUUCUGUGUAUUCUAGAGCCUCUGAAAAACCUAAGCCUUUUGGCCAGGAAGAGCAAAUCGUUAAUGAUGGAAUUGCCCCACCACGUAAAAUUCUUUUUCCACCUGAGAAAAUCUGCAUGGAUUGGCAACAGCCACUGAACGUUGGAGUUGGACUGUGGAAUCUGGGCAAUACGUGUUACCUUAAUGCUACUUUACAGUGUUUGACGUACACACCUCCUCUGGCCAAUUACAUGCUGUCUCUUGAACACAGCAAGUCAUGUCACGAAAAAGGCUUCUGUAUGAUGUGUACAUUGGAAGCUCACAUUAACCAGGCCCUGUGUUUCUCUAAUAGUGCUAUCAAACCUAUAUCUGUUAUCAAUGGCCUUAAAAGUAUAGGAGAACAUUUCUGUUACGGCAGUCAAGAGGAUGCACAUGAAUUCUUGUCCUUCACUGUUGAUGCUUUGCAGAAAGCUUGCUUGAAUGGAGGCACCACAUGGGACACAUCUUCUCAAGCCACUACACUUAUUUAUCAAAUAUUUGGAGGAUACCUAAGAUCCCGAGUAAAAUGCUUGAACUGCAAAGCCGUUUCGGACAGGCACGAGCCAUUCCUCAGUAUUACUUUGGAUAUAGAGACCGUUACGUCUCUCACCGCGGCUCUGAAACAAUUUGUGACACCUGAACAAUUGGACGGAGUAAACAGCUAUAAGUGUAGCAAGUGCGAAAACAUGGUUCCUGCCUCCAAGAGGUGCACGAUACAUCGCUCCUCCAAAGUUCUCAUCGUAUCGCUGAAAAGAUUUGCAGAUUUUACUGGUGGCAAGAUCAACAAGGAUGUGGAAUACCCUGAAUAUUUGGAUCUUCGAGCAUAUAUGUCCCAGUCAAGGGGAGAACCACUCAUGUAUUCUUUAUAUGCAGUUCUUGUUCAUUCUGGUUUCAGCUGCAAUGCUGGACACUAUAUCUGCUUCAUAAAGGCCGGCAAUGGAUUUUGGUAUCGAAUGAAUGAUGCCAUAGUGGAGCGUUCCGAUAUCAAAACGGUUCUCAAUCAGCAAGCUUAUUUACUUUUUUAUAUCAGGCGCCACGAUUUGACAGUUGGAGAACGUGGUUUUUGCUUACCAGCAACUUCUUAUCCCCGUUCAUUCCUUGGUCAGCACGGGCCUAAUAGUAAGCAGGCUGGAUUUAUGGGAGCACGGCUUCCUCCUCGUAUGAUUAAGAAUUCAAGUCGUUUAAAUGGAAAUGGACCCCUAGAAGAGGAUACAAAUCCUGUUGGUAUCACCAUAAAAAGGCCAUCUUCAGCUCCAUCAACAGCUUGCAUUCAAAACUGGGCAAUUACCAGGCCUUCAACUACGGAUCCAUCAAAAGCCCAGAAGAUCACUAUCAGUAUUCGUAAAAUAUUGCCUGAGUGUCAGACUGUGUCACAACCUGACUGUCUUACCAGUGCUCUGGAGAAUGAGGAUCUCAGCAAGGCUGUUCCUUCCUCCACAAUUGCAAAUUCUCUCAGAGCAGAGUCUACCUCAAAUGCAUCUACAGUGGCAGUUGCUGCUAACAUUUCCAAACAGGAAGUUCCUGAUGAAAUGUUUGUAGAGCCAGCAGUGAAUGGAAGUUCUACACUCGGGUCUGAUGCUACAGUCGCUUCCAGUCCAGAGUCUUCAGGAAAAUCUGAGGCGUCGAAUGGCGUGUUUAAAAUGAAUUACAACGUAUCUUCCAACGGAACUGUAAUACUGAAGGUAGUCGGCACGUUGCAGAAUUCCCGUUCUUUCUGUGAGAGUGCUGAAGAAGAGAGAUCCCAUCAUGUGCUGCCAAAAAAUGAUUCACUAAAUUGUGCUAUUAGUUUAGAUAAUGGAUCUAAACAAAAUGGACUGAAACUUGAUGAUUUUACUUCCCAAGUCCAACCUGCUAAACCUUCUGAGAUAUUCUUUGCUAAAACAAAUGGAUUGCUUGAACCAGUACCUGUAGCUGAGUCACCGAUUCCUCAAGAAAUAGUCUUAGAAUCCCUGGCCUACAGCCACCUGAACAGGUUGUCAGAGAAAACAAGUGUCCCUGCACCUCAAAGGUCUGAGGGUGAUCGUCUGAUGGAAACCGUAGUGACGGAAAAUAAUAACUACGCAGAAGUACCGCCUGUUAAUGACUCUUCUCUUACAAAGCUGGAUAAAGUUCUGGAGAGUCAAUUCUCUAGACAAAAUGAGGGGUUGAAUAAUAAAAAAUGCGAAGAGGAUAACAGGCAAAAAUACGAGGAGAAGAUACACGACUCCAAAAAAACUGACAAAGAGCACUGCCGAAAGAAGAGACAAUACUCUGACAUUGACGAGGAGAAGCAAAGCAGGAGCAAAGUGGAUGAUUGUUCCUGCAAAAGGAGGUGCUCUCACAGAAUGGAAACAAAUCAGCAAUAUCAUGCUAAGCAGGACUAUUGCAAUGAAGGCAAGUACAGACCUUCCUAUAAUGAAAGAAACAGUCCAAAUAAUGGCAAAAUCUGAGGAAAAUACUCUCGUUACAGAUCCCGAAGCAGAGAAAGAACGGAACAAGACAGGAAUCAGUAUUAUCGUUCCACAGGAGAGAGAACCUGGAGCAUGGAAACAUACCGCGAAGCACGGAGUUGGGAAAAAUGCAGAUAUUACAAGACUUAUGACUCUGUCCAUAGAAAAGGAGAUGGUAGAGAGAGGAAGUCCUCUCAUUUUGAUAAAGCCUUUCAUAAAUUGAGUCAGUUCUACAAAUCACGUAGGCAUUAUCACUGCAAGAGCAGAUGGGCUCACAACACUCACUGCAGAGAGGAAGGAUGGCAUCACUUGAGCAGCCACAGCGGAAACUUCCGUCAUUGUUCACUACCUCUGCAGCAGUCUGAAAAACACUCUCGGGAAGGGCACGCACCUCCACCUGCCUCAGCUCAUGCACAAUUUGACAACUCUUUCUGGGAAAAUGAGAAACUGAGGCUUGGCAAGAGGAAAUAUGGCAACGCAGAAGGAAGAGAAGGUGAACUGGAAAAGAAAUGCCGCAAGAUAGAUGAUAAAUACCAAGAGAAGGAUUACAAGUAAGCAGGAAUUCCAGCAUAAUCCGCCAUUCUUUUCCUAACUCUUUUCUGAAUGUUUCCCAUGCCUGCCUUUUUCCCAUUGUUUCUAAGUGAUUUAUAUAGGAUAAUCUGACUACGGGUUGGUCAUUGGGCUGGUCAUUAGGUUGGUCAAGCAAA